CACCGUUCUAGGCGUGCUCGCCAUGGUCUUCAUCCCGCCACCCCAUCUCGCGUCCGCGUCGCGUCCUUCCUACGGCGAAGCUUAUGCAAACAUCCUUGCCGCUCAUCGACGAUCUCCUUUGACUUCGGCGUCCUCAGUUAUUAUGCUCGUGGCUCCGGAUGUGGAUGCCCUUUGUGCUGCGAGAAUGCUCGCUAAUCUCUUCAAGCAAGACGACGUCAUGCACCGUAUUAUUCCAGUCUCUGGGAUUGCCGAACUAGAAAGAAUGAGGGAAGAGCUGAUGACAUAUUCCGAUCUGCAUACGCUUAUCCUCGUCAAUAUGGGCGCCAUUCUUGACCUGCCAUCACCAGCGUGGUUUGGGGAGUUCAGCACAAAACUCUCAGUCCAUGUCAUCGAUUCCACACGGCCUCAGAAUCUGUCUAGUUUAUUUUUGGGUGGAGAGAACGGUGAAAGGAUCAUCGUCUGGGAUGAUGGUGGAACCGAGAAACUGGAGGAUGAGCGGAAGGCUUGGGAGGCUUUGAUGUAUGAACCAGAACCAGACUCUGAUGAAGAGGAUUCCGAUCUGGAGUCGGAUGAUGUGUCGGAAGAUGAAGAAGAGGACGUGGAUCAUGACGACGAGGAGAGCAAUCCAUCGGGAAAGCGGAAGUCCGGGGGCGAAGGCGGGCCCCGACGGCGGAAACGCCGGCGAAACGAUGAUGAGCGGCCACUCCGUAUGUCUCGCGCGGAUAGAGAACGAUAUUCAUCCAUCGUCAAUAAGCAUUACACCCUCGGUACCUGGCAUGGCCAGAGCGCAUCAGGGACGAUAUACAUUCUAGCGACCGUCUUAGAACGUGUUGAUAACGAUCUGCUUUGGCUUGCUAUCCUUGGUCUGACACACCAAUACAACACUACCCGAAUAUCCCGUGAAGAUUACGAGAAAUACCAUUCCAUUUACUACGACGAAGUCUUCCGCCUCAACCCACCCCUCCCCGCCGACGCUUCCUCCCGACUGAAGUCCCUCCAUCCCGACGACCAGUCGGUACGCGCAACUGAGGAGUUGCGCUUUAUGCUGUUCCGACAUUGGACCUUGUACGAUGCUAUGUACCAUUCGAGUUACGUAGCCAGCAAGCUGGGCAUCUGGAAAGAACGAGGUCGAAAACGACUGACAGGUCUGCUAGCUAAGAUGGGAUUCUCAAUACCCCAGACGCAACAGCCCUACUCCCAUAUGGACAUGGAUCUGAAGAAGCACCUCCGCACCAAGCUCGAGGCGAUCGCGCCCGAGUACGGCCUGGUGGAGCUCUCCUACCCCUCUUUCAUGCGCUGCUACGGCUACCGCUCUCAGCCGCUCUCCGCCGCUGAUGCGGUCGAGGCAACCUCUGCGCUGUUGGACGUUGCCGGGGGCGUGCGGAUGGAAGUCGAAGUGGAGGGGACGCGGAAUGGCGGAGAGUGGUUUGGCGGUGGGAGGGUGUGGGAUAUCCAGGAGCGAUGGAGGGAGGAGGAGAGGGAAAACGUGCCGCCCGGCGGGAUCAUGAAGCGUGGAAGGGGCAAGGAAGAUCAACCGAACGACGAUGAGGACGGUGAGCACCAAGGGGAGAAGCUGCAGUGGUGGGUCAAGAACUUCUGGUCGGCCUACGACGCUCUGAGCGAUAUCAACAAGCUCCAAUCCGCUCUCCCGCUCUCCAUGUCCCUGCACCGAGCCAUCAUCCGCCAAGGGUCCUCCAUAAUCGACAAGCAAGACAUCAAGACAAUGCGCAACCACCGCGUCGUCGUUCUGACUCAAGGCCCGGACCUCGCACUAUUCUCCCAUCCUGGUGUUCUCUCCCGCUUAGCCCUAUGGCUGGUGGACGCCCUGCGCGACAGGGUGAACGGCCAGAGCCUGACGGGCCGCAAGAGCAAGCGCAAGAGCCUGCCGUUCGUCGUCGCGUGUCUGAACGAGAAAGCCGGGUCGUACGUCGUCGUCGGUGUCACCGGAGCGAUGGAUUUCGGUGAUGUGCGCAAGAAUGAAUUCGGCCUGGCCUUCCUCGACGCCAAGGAGCGCUGCAACGCCCGCACGCGGCACGGCUCCUUCGACACCAGCGUCAUCGAGAUCAACCAGGCCGACAUCAAGAUAUUCCUCGAGACGCUCGCCGAGGGUCCAGAUUAUUAA